AUGUUUAUGCGAAAUCUUUCAAUGCCAACAAGAAAAAAUGGGCUAUCUGCCGCUGAAAUUGUUCUAAGUGCACCUCAAGGAUAUAAUUAUUACGCAAAUCAACAAAGAAACUAUUAUGCUCAGAGAGCAGCACAAAUUCAGCGAAUUCAAGCCCAAAGAAUUGCAGCUCAAAAUCGUUACUAUCGCCAGCAAUCUGUUAAACCUACCUCAACUACCCGGAAACCCUACGAAGUUGAUAGAGCUGAUUCGGAAAAUGCUAAAUUUCUGGGCGUAAAAAACCAAGAAACACAUGAAUCAGGAUUUGGCAGUCCUUGUGGCUUCCGAAGUGCUGCUGACCAGCAAAAAGGUGAAGGGCGGGUAUUUUGGGACUUGAACAUACAUAACAUUUACCCUGGUGGAGGGUGUGGCUAUGGAGGGAGUCCUGGGGGAUUUGCAGAUCCAUACCCUGGUGGAGGUUUAGCUGAUCCUUAUUAUGGUGGACCAGUUCGUGGACCUUUUCAAAAUUUGCUUGGUCUCUUUCUUCCUGGUGGUGCUUUGAGUGGAGUUAAUAGACCACAAGGUGAUGGUUCUCAAGCUGAUGAUGCAACUAAUUCUGGUAAUGCACCUCCUGGUCCAAAUUUCCAAUUUCUAUCUGACUCAGAUGUUAUGCAAGGAAUAACGCCUAAUCAGUUGAUAAGCGGUGUUGCCAGCACAGUUAACAAUGUCCUACAGCAGUUGAAUAAUCCUUUCCUUGGUUAA